GUGUGUGUGCAAAAUUAAUCUGUAGCUCACUUGGCAAUUAGCACAUUAAUUGCAAAACUGUGCCAUUUAAAGGAAGCUCAUGUUUGUCUGGCAACAUUGCAAAUCUUCUCAGAGCUACAAAUCUCACAGUCAGAGUGAUGGAGACGAACGAGACUUGCACGGACAUUAAUUCUCACGUGGAAAAAUAUUACCUCACAACAAUGUACUCCAUUGUGUUCAUUGUGGGACUCAUAGGGAAUCUGACUGUGAUAAGUGGUUAUGUCUUCUGCUUAAAGAAAUGGAAGUGCAGUAACAUCUAUCUCUUCUCCCUCUCUGUCACAGAUCUUUUUUUUAUUUGCACUCUUCCAAUGUUUGUAAUCCAGUACGCAAAUGACAGUGAAUGGUUCUACGGUGACAUAUGGUGUAAGUUUAAUCGGUACUUCCUCAACUGUAACCUCUACUUGAGUGUCCUCUACCUGACCUGCAUCAGUAUUGAUCGAUAUCUGCUGGUGAGAAACCCAACAAAUCUCUAUCGGUUCCAGGAAAAGCAAACCGCUAUCAUUAUCUGUUUUCUCUUGUGGAUCUUUGUCACGGUAGAGCUGGUGCCUAUGUUCACCUUCAUUGGACCCAAGAACAUCACGGACAAUGAUGAUCUGGCUGUAGUAUGUGUUGACUAUGCCAGUUCGGGGAAUGCCGGAGACAGCCUGGUUUACAGUAUGUUCCUCACCAUUGUUGAUUUCAUCAUCCCACUCUGCAUUAUGGGGUAUUGCUCCACUAAAACAGCAAAGUGCUUAAGGGAGAUCAGAGCACAGAGACGCAGCACAAUUAAGCUUGAGAAGCCCCAUCGCCUUGUGAUAUUGGCAGUAGUCAUUUUCUUGGGGCUCUUCACUCCUUAUCAUGUCAUGCGCAAUAUCCGCAUUGCCUCUAGAUUGGGGAAGAAGACAUGCACCUACAGGGGGAUAAAAGCUGGCUAUGCCAUCACAAGGCCUAUUGCCUACCUCAGCGCUGCUAUUAAUCCCAUUUUCUACUUCAUGCUGGGUGACCGAUUCAGAGAGACCCUCCUCAGCAAAUUGCCAUUCAUUGGCCAAAGGCUGACGUCAGAGACAUCAAGCAGGGAUAAAUACUGAGUUAAGAGCAUGACGCCAACUAAUGAAGAGCCAUUUUAUUCUCAGCCUUCUGUUUCUUCUGGAGCGCAGCUGAAUCAUAAUUGCAGUGGUUUGAACGACAGCAGUUUGAGUCACAUAUUUUCUUUAGCUUGAGUUGAACUUUCUUGAAAUUCUCACUUGUAUCGAAAAGAGUUGUUUGGGAAGCUUUAACCUGUUGUUGCUAUAUUCCCAAAUUGAAGAUUGGUAGUACCAGCUUUAGAGAUCCAGAAUUAGCCAUUGGUUAACCAUUACUCUUGGAUUAUUCUCUCUGCACUGACGAAAGCAAGGUCCCGGAGUCUGGGUCCUGGAUCCAUUAGUCAGAGCUGGGACGUCAGUAACACAUUAUUGAGAGGUGAUGGUCUUGUUGUAUUGUGGUUAGAUUAUUAAUUCAGAGACCCGGGUAAUGCUUUUGGAACCUGGUUCAAAUCUUGCCAUGGUAGAUGGUGGAAUUUGAAUUCAAUAAAAAAUCUGGAAUUAAAAGUCUGAUAAUGACAGUGAAGCCAUGGCUGAUAGCCAGAAAGACCCAUCCCUGUAAUUUAGGGAAGAGAAUCUCCUAAGUUAUUCUGUCCUACACAUCGCUCCAGACCUACAGCAAUUAGUUCUUAACUUCCCUGUGAAACGGGCUUGCAAGUCAUUCUGUUGUCAAUCCACCACCACCUUAUCAUGGACAACCAUGGAUGGGCAAUAAAUAUUGGCCCAGCCAGUGAGCCAAGCAAAACAAAAAAGACAUCGCUGCGAGUAAGAACAGCCUUGGAGUUGGGAUUGUUUGUAGGUCUGGAUGAGGUUGCAGGACAGAGAUGAGCAGCAUCCUGGAGGGAUCUGAAAACAAGAUGAGAAUUUUGAAUCAGGACAUUGGCAGAUUGCAGGUUAACAUAACAAUUUCAGGAUUAGGGAAUGAGUGGGACUCGAUAUGUGUAUGGACAGCACCAUUUCAUUGAGCUCUGGUUUACGCUUUCCAUUAUCCAACAGCUAAGAGAUAUUGCAACAUGGGAACGAGCACUCACACAAAAGCAAAAUACUGUGGAUGCUGGAAAUUUGAAAUGAAAACAGAAAUUGCUGGAGAAGCUCAGAGGGACUGACAGCAUCUGUAGACAGAGAAGCAGAAAGGAUAUUCUUUCACUAGAGAAGGUUUGAAAGAAGUUUACCAGGAUGUUGCCAGGUAGAGAAGGUUUGAGUUAUAAAGAAAGGUUGGAUAGACUGAGAUUAUUUUUGCUGGAGUGCAGGAAGUUGAGAGGUGACCUUAUAGAGGUUUAUAAAAUCAUGAAGGGCAUGGAUAGGGUUGCUGGUAGUUGUUUAUUCCCCAGGUUGGGGGAACUUUAAGACUGGGCGGCAUAUUUUUAAGGUGAGAGGAGAGAGAUUUACAAAGACAUGAGGGGCAAAUUCUUAACAGAGGGUGGUUUGUGUGUAGAAUGAACUUCCAGAGAAAAUGAUGGAUGCAGGCACACUUACAACACUUAAAAGACACUUAGGCCAGUACAUGAAUUGAAAAGAUUUGGGGGGAUAUGGUCCUGAAGCAGGCAGGUGAGAUUAGUUUAGUUUGUGAUUAUGUUCAGUGUGGACAGAUUGGAAUGAAGGGUCUGUUUCCAUGCUGUAUGAACUUAUGACUCUGACUAGUCUGGAAGAGAGUCAUAGCGGACUCAAAAUACAACUCUCCACAGCAUUUGCCAAAUCUGUUAAGUCUCUCCAGCAUGUUCUCUUUUUAUUUGGAAGCAAAUACUGUUCAUUCAUUGCACUUUCCUGUCUUCACCUCAACAUAACAUUCCAAAAAUAUGGAAGUCUGAGGGCAAUACCUAAUGGUAAGAAUUUCUCACUGAAAUUGUCACUCAACCAGAUUGAAAUACCCUGAUGAGGAAUGAAGGAACGAAUAUUUAAGUCUCUCGACUGUACUCAGUUCCCUAUCCUAACCCAGAUUUUGAUCAGCACCUGUCCAUCAAACAAAAGUAUGUCUCACAGUUUUCACUAUAAAUAAAGAAACAAGGGUGAAGUCAAGUCCCAUCCUGAAAAACCAACAGCUGAGUUAAAGAGCUUGGAAGGCAAAACAGGGAUGAUCAGGAAAAUAUCUUUGCUGAAGGAGAGCAAUAGAAACAGAAAUUGCUGGAAAAGCACAGCAGAUUUGGCAGCAUCUGUGGAGUAAAAGCAGAGUUGACUUUCCUUUUCCAAUGAACCUUCCUCAGAAUACUAGCAGGCUGAGUCAGGCCUGAGGAGUGGUCAAUUGACCCGAAAUGUUAACUGAUUUCUCUUCACAGCUGCUGCCAGACCUGUUGAGCUUUUCCAGCAAUUUCUGGUUUUGUUUCUGGUUUCUAGCAUCUGCCGUUCUUUUGGUUCUGAAGGAGAGCAACAUGUUUGUGAGAAGUGAGGAAAUGUUCUCUGUGGACUUAGGAAAGAAAGAAUCGAUAGGACACAAUGUAAUGAAGAUUGAUUUGGACAGUAAGAAAGAGGAAGAGGAAAAGAACGUGCAGAAUGGUUCAAGGAAGGCUUAUAUUGGCCGAAUCAGCAACUGAUAAAAU